ACGGGCAGAUGCGGUUGAUGGAGUCUUUAGAAGUAGUUGAGAGGGUGAACGUCUCUCGGAGGCAGCAGGACAGUGAUGUACCGCCCAUGCGCGUGAAGUCCUGAAGGAGCGCAGCACAAUCAUCAGAAAGAUACUUUUUUGAAGCCUUUACGCGCGACCUGCUCAGAUAAUGCUGCCGCGCAAAAGCAUCAUUCCCGAAGAGUUCGCGUUCUCCCCGGCGCUCCUGUCGGCGAUCCCCCGCAAGCCCGUGUUCAGGGACCGCGUGAACAAAGCGCGCUUCAUCGCCAAGAACGGCGCGUGCAACCUGUCGCACAAGAACAUCCGCGAGCAGGGCCGAUUCCUGCAGGACGUGGUCACUACUUUGGUGGAUCUCAAAUGGCGUUUCACCCUGGUGAUUUUCUCCAUGACGUUCCUGUGCAGCUGGCUGCUGUUCGCUAUGUUCUGGUGGCUGGUGGCCUUUGCGCACGGAGAUCUGGACGCUAACCUGAAACCUGAAGUAAAGCAGUGUGUCACUAAUGUCAGCUCCUUCACCUCUGCCUUCCUCUUCUCCAUCGAGGUGCAGGUGACAAUAGGAUUCGGGGGUCGCAUGAUAACGGAGCAGUGCUCCACAGCCAUCACGUUGCUCAUAUUCCAGAACAUCAUCGGCCUGAUAAUUAACGCCAUCAUGCUGGGCUGCAUCUUCAUGAAGACGGCCCAGUCGCACCGGCGCGCCGAGACGCUCAUCUUCAGCCGCAACGCCGUCAUCGCCGUGCGCAACAACCGCCUGUGCUUCAUGAUCCGGGUGGGGGAUCUGCGCAAGAGCAUGAUCAUCAACGCGGUGGUGCGCCUCCAAGUGGUCCGGAAAACCACUACGCCGGAGGGCGAAGUCAUACCCAUCCACCAGAUCGACGUCCAGACAGAAAGCGCAGUCGCGGGCAACAACAUCUUCCUGCUGGCCCCCCUGAUCAUAUGCCACGUCAUCGAUAAGGACAGCCCCCUGUACGACCUCUCGGCGAUGGAGCUGCAGUGUAGCGACCUGGAGCUCAUCGUGAUCCUGGAAGGCGUGGUGGAGACCACGGGCAUCUCCACUCAGGCUCGCACCUCGUACGUGACCGAGGAGAUCCAGUGGGGCCACCGCUUCGUGCCGAUAGUGACCGAGGAGGAGGGCGUGUACUCGGUGGACUACUCCAAGUUCGGGAACACGGUCAAGGUGGACCCGCGCUGCAGCGCUCGCGAGCUGGACGAGAAGCCCUCCAUCCUGAUCCAGACGCUCCAGAAGAGCGAGCUGUCGCACCAGAACUCCUUGCGGAAGAGGAACUCCAUGCGCCGGAACAACUCUAUGCGCAAGAACAACUCCAUGCGACGCAACAAUUCUGCCCUCGCCGUGCCCAAAGUGCAGUUCCUCACCCCCGAGGGGGGACCCAAUCUAGCAGUCACAUGACAAACGGCCCGCUUAGCGAUUUUCACCUGUCUUUGUCUUUCUCUCGGUCCUUGUCAUGCUCUUUUCUACGGUUUCCUGUGUUCUUUGAUCCUUCCUUUCCUCGGCAACUCCGGCCCUCCCGAUUGACUUUUUCCUGCAGAGUUCAGCCUUAAAGGGCCCCUGUGGGUUAUGAAAGGUUCACAUUACGGUUUUGGGAGAUUGACAUGCAUGCGACUGUCAUUUUCUUAUAAUACGCAUUUAUAAACGACUCCCAAAUGAUCUGUUCGACGAUUAAUUUUUUCCCAAAUCCCUCCGGUGAUUGGUCGAUUUCAUUUAAAGCAGUGUUUGUGAGCUUUUAACUCUCCAGAAGAGGCAUCUGGUGGCGAAGAAUUCAUCUGCGUUUUCAUUCAGACCAACGCAAAAAGAUCAACGAGUGGGCAGGCAAUAUGCUAAUGUUUCUUUCUGACGUCAACAUAAAACGACUUGGGGCUCAUUUUUAAAAAAAGACUCGUUUUAAUGAUUCAGAGUCGACAGUAACUUUAUAUACGGUGCACUUUCAGACAUACUACUUUGCACAAUGUUUUCAUUCACUGUUACACACUUCAUGAAAAUAUCUUUUUUUUUUAAAUCCAUAAAAGAGGCGCUUUAAUGAAAUACCCCACUUGCUGCAGCGCCAGUGAACUGGACAAGACGUCCUCCAUCCUGAUUCAGAGAGCUGCUGCUUCACAACUAUUUUCACCAAGACAAACUCCAUGUGACAGAAUAACUCUGUGUGCAACCCAUAUAGUUUGGACAUUUCCAUCAGGCGCUUCAACCCUAAUAAACUGCGCCAGAACAAGCUAAUCAAGAUCUUUAGGAUUACUUGGCCCUGUGGUCUUCCUCUAAGUGUUUACACUAUAUGGAAAAAAAGAGAUGCACGAUAAAAGAGAGGGUUUUCACAGCGAUAAGAAAAGAAACAUUACUGGUUACCAAAAAACCCUUCAGUGCACAGUUGUUAAAACAGGUGAACAUCUGUGAAUGGUGAUCAUUUUAAAAUACUCUUUUCUCUAUAUAUAUAAAAAGAAAAAUACUUCCAUUUUUGCACAGCCUAUCACUGUAUAGCUCUGAAAUCAAAUGCAUUGUACUGCGGACAAUGACUGUACGUUUCACAAUUAAAUAAAGUCGAUGAGCUUGUCAUUCAUCA